AUGCCAGCCAUUCGAUUCGUCGCCAGCAAGCAAGUCAAAUGCCGACUUGCAACAGGAACCAUCCAACUCCUAUGCCACGUCAAGCCAGGCGCCAGUGCGAACCGUGAAGGUAUCACCGCGGUGACGGACGAGAUCAUCGAUGUCUGCGUUGCAGCCCAAGCAAGAGAAGGAGAGGCAAACACAGCUGUCAGAACAGUGAUGGCGAAGACGCUGAAAGUACCAAAGUCAGAUGUCGAGAUUGCAAAGGGUACGAAGAGCCGUGAGAAGACGGUUGCAAUUCAAGUGGGACCAAACGUCACACCGACUGAGGAGAUUGAACGCAUAAGAGCUCUGCUAUCGAGCAGUGUAGCUCAGUGA